AGAGUCUGAGACGUCUAAUAUUUAAUUAUUUAUCUGGGAUUUUUCUUGUUUACCGUAAUUACAGGGUAUAUUGAUUAAUGAAAACAGUUGACUAGAAUUUCAUCCUCAUCAAUCUCAUCUGAAUCUCUUCAUUGUCAACCUUAGAAAAAACAAAAUCGAACUGAAAAUGGGAAGUGAAACUGCAAAAACAAAUCUAAAUGAUCCUCUGUUAAUUCAAAACAGAGAAGACAAGAAGAGUAACAGUGGUAUCAUUAGAUUCGUUACUACUGAUGACAGAAAUUCAGAGAAGUUUCUGGGAGAAGUGAAGAAGCAGCUACGGUUAGCUGGACCACUUAUACUAGUCAAUUUCUUACAGUUUAGUUUACAGUUAAUUUCAGUUAUGUUUGUUGGUCAUCUUGGUCAACUCUCUCUUGCUAGUGCUUCAAUCGCUACUUCUUUUGCAUCUGUCUGUGGUUUCAGCUUCUUAAUGGGUAUGGGAGGUGCAUUGGAUACAUUAUGUGGUCAGUCGUAUGGUGCGAAACAGUACCGUAUGCUGGGAAUAUAUAUGCAAAGAGCCAUGUUGGUUCUGUUGCUUGUUAGUGUACCACUUGCUUUCAUUUGGGCCAACACAGGCCGAAUACUCAUGGCGGUGGGACAAGAUCAGGAGAUAUCGAUUGAAGCCGGAGUGUAUGCUCGUUUCAUGAUCCCUUCUAUUUUUGCAUUUGGACUACUCCAAUGUCAAGUUAGGUUCUUGCAAGCACAGAGCAUAGUGUUCCCAAUGAUGAUAACCUCUACAAUUACAGCUUUGUCGCAUAUAAUUGUCUGUUGGGUUCUUGUGUUUAAAACGGGUCUUGGUUCUAGAGGCGCUGCAGUGGCGAAUGCUAUCUCUUAUUGGAUCAAUACGCUACUAUUAGCACUUUUUAUUAAGUUUUCUGCCUCCUGCAAAAGAACUUGGACUGGUUUCUCAAAGGAAGCACUACAGGAUGUUUUAAACUUCUUAAGACUUUCUAUCCCUUCGGCUAUCAUGACCUGCUUAGAGAUGUGGUGUUUCGAGAUGAUGGUUCUGCUGUCAGGUCUUCUCCCUAAUCCAAUGCUAGAAACUUCAGUGCUAUCUAUCAGUCUCAACACUAGUUCUGUUGUUUUUAUGAUUUCAUCCGGAGUCGGUGCAACUAUAAGCACAAGAGUUUCUAAUGAAUUAGGAGCAAGAAACCCACAAGCAGCACGUUUAGCAGUCCAGGUUGUAUUAUGCAUAAUCAUCACGCAAGGAACAUUGAUAGGCUCAAUAAUGAUUUUGAUACGCCGUCUUUGGGGUUAUGCUUAUAGCAGCGACAAAGAGGUGGUAAAUUAUGUUGCAAUCAUGUUGCCAAUUAAUGCAGUCUCUAGCCUUCUCGAAGCAAUUCAGUGCGUUCUCUCAGGCACGAUUAGAGGAUGCGGUCGACAAGUAAUUGGUGCUUUCAUAAACCUUGGAGCUUAUUACCUUGUUGGCAUUCCUUCAGCAAUCAUAUUUGCUUUUGUACUACACGUCGGAGGGAAGGGACUUUGGCUUGGAAUCAUGUGCGCGUUGUUUGUUCAAGUAGUAUCUCUUCUAAUUGUCACUUUGCGUACUGAUUGGGAGCAAGAAGCAAAACAUGCAGCAGAUAGAGUUUAUGAAGCUGAGAUCCCAGUAAAUGUGGUGGUGUCAUAAAUCAAAAUACUAUUUCCUAAUGCAUCUUGAGCAUCUGCCGUUCCAGAUUUAGGGGUCUGUUGACAAUAGUCCAAGUAGUCAAAAUACAGUUUUGUCUUAUUAGCCAGCUAAGCUUUAGGCCACUCUGAAUCUCUUUAUAAGAGUCAAACAGUCAGAAUUCGAUUUUGUCCGACUGUCCAGAAAUUGCCAACUCCAUGCAUGUAAUUACUCAGUGUGGCUUAAUAUAAUGAAAAACCAAUC